AUGAGCGCACCUGCGCAGAAUGGCCGCCCCUUUGCACGCAAUUCGCGUAACAGCCCGUUUGCGCGGACCACGGCCUCUGCAUCACCGCCCCCGGGAGUAGUAGCUUCGAAUGGAACGCGGCCCAAUUCUGCCCUCCUCACAUCCUCGCCCUUCGCCGAGCCAGACGUCACCAUGGGCCAUGUCCGACACCAGUCGCUCACCAAUCUCACCAGCCCGCUGGUGGGACGCAGCGAUUCGAGCCGGCUGCGCUCCAACUCGCAUCGCAAUAGCACGCCCAUGGGCACCUUUGCGCCCCAAUUCAUCUCCGACGACGACAACGAAGCACCACGCAUGGGGGGCAUCGUCGAGGGCGAAAACGACUUCUCCGGCAAGCGCUAUGUAUGGCUCCGAGAUGCAGCCACGGCUUUUGUGCGAGGAUGGGUCGUCGAGGAGCUGCCAGAGGGGCAAUUGCUGGUCCAAUGUGACAAUGGCUCCCAACAGCACGUCGACGCCGAUGCCGUCGACAAGGUCAAUCCGGCCAAGUUUGACAAGGCAGACGACAUGGCCGAACUGACCCACUUGAACGAGCCUUCGGUCAUCCACAAUCUGCAUAUGCGGUAUCAGGCCGAUCUCAUUUAUACGUAUUCGGGACUCUUCUUGGUCACUAUCAACCCGUACUGCCCCCUGCCAAUCUACUCGCGAGAUUACAUCAACAUGUACCGGGGGCGGAGUCGAGAGGAGACCAAGCCACACAUCUUCGCCAUGGCAGACCAGGCCUUUCGUAGUCUGGUGGAUGAAGGCACAAACCAGAGUAUCCUCGUGACCGGCGAGUCCGGUGCGGGAAAGACGGAAAACACCAAGAAAGUGAUACAGUAUCUAGCUGCCGUCGCAAACUCGGAAACCCCACGAGUAAAGUCAGGAGGCCGCAACCUUUCCAAUCUCUCCGAGCAAAUUCUGCGCGCGAAUCCCAUCCUCGAAGCCUUUGGCAACGCCCAAACAGUACGAAAUAACAACUCAUCACGUUUUGGAAAGUUCAUUAGGAUCGAAUUCUCUCGUAAUGGCCAUAUUGCGGGUGCAUACAUUGACUGGUACUUGCUGGAAAAGUCCAGGGUCGUGCGAAUUAAUCCGAAUGAGCGCAACUAUCAUAUCUUUUAUCAACUACUCCGGGGAGCAGAACAUAAUAUGAAGAGAGAAUUCUUCUUAGAUGGCAAAGAUACCGAAGACUUCGACUACACCAAGCAUGGCAACGACGUCAUAUCUGGUGUCUCGGACCAGGACGAGUGGAACGCGCUCGUGGAGGCCUUUCACAUCAUGGGAUUUGCCGACCAUGAGCAAGCAUCGAUCCUGAAGACUGUUGCAGCAGUCUUGCAUCUGGGCAACAUCAGAGCUGUCAAAGAGAGCCGGCGAGCGGAUCAAGCAACACUUAAUUUCGCCGCAGAACAACAGGCUCGCAUCGUGGCGCAGCUCCUUGGGAUUUCUACCGAAGACUUCAUCAAAGCGCUGCUACAUCCUCGCGUCAAGGCAGGACGUGAAUGGGUGGAAAAAGUCCAGACACCAGAGCAAGUCAAUCUCGCAAUCGAUGCGCUCGCAAAAGGCAUCUAUGAGCGUGGUUUCGGCGACCUAGUUGACCGCAUCAAUCGUCAACUAGACCAGACUGGAGCUGCUGGUGACGACGCUCACUUCAUUGGUGUGCUCGAUAUUGCCGGUUUUGAGAUCUUCGACGAGAACAGCUUCGAGCAGUUGUGCAUCAAUUACACGAAUGAAAAGCUCCAACAAUUCUUCAACCACCAUAUGUUCGUGUUGGAGCAAGAAGAAUAUGCACGCGAGCAGAUCGAAUGGAAGUUUAUCGACUUUGGUCGUGACUUACAGCCUACCAUUGACCUCAUCGAAUUACCCAAUCCUAUUGGUAUCUUCUCCUGCUUGGACGAAGACAGUGUGAUGCCCAAGGCUACCGACAAAACCUUCACCGAGAAAUUACACUCCCUAUGGGAUCGCAAAAGCACAAAAUACAAGCGUUCUCUCCUCACACAAGGCUUCGUCCUUACACACUACGCUGCUGAAGUCGAGUAUUCUACCGAAGGCUGGCUCGAGAAGAACAAGGAUCCGUUGAAUGACAAUGUCACGCGACUGUUGUCCGCAUCAUCAGACCAACAGAUCGCUACACUCUUUGCAGAUUGUGCCGACGUAGAUGAUGAGAUGGGCGGAGCUCGUAGCCGGGUCAAGAAAGGACUCUUCCGCACUGUCGCCCAGCGCCACAAGGAGCAACUUUCGACACUUAUGACCCAGCUGCAUUCAACACAUCCGCACUUCGUUCGAUGUAUCUUGCCAAAUCACAAGAAGCGACCGAAGCAGUUCAGCGCCCCACUUGUUCUAGAUCAGCUUCGAUGUAACGGUGUUCUGGAAGGCAUCCGUAUCGCGCGUACUGGAUUUCCCAAUCGACUCAACUUUGUUGAAUUCCGUCAACGAUAUGAGGUCUUAUGUAGAGACCUUCCCAAGGGCUAUUUAGAAGGACAGGUUGCAGCCAAGAUCAUCUUGGAGAAGCUCAGCCUGGAUCGCGCUCUUUAUCGUGUGGGUAUCACCAAGGUUUUCUUUCGUGCAGGUGUACUCGCCGAACUAGAAGACCAAAGAGAUACGCUCAUUCGUGAUAUCAUGAUACGCUUUCAGUCGGUGGCGCGUGGAUUUGUCCAACGUCGCAUUGCCAACAAACGUCUGUACAGAGCGGAGGCAACUCGAAUCAUUCAGCGUAACUUCUCGGUCUACCUGGAUCUUCAGUCGAAUCCGUGGUGGAGGCUUUUUGCUCGCAUGAGGCCUAUGCUUGGAGCCACUCGACAAGCAGCGGAAGUGAAAAAGCGGGAUGAAAUGAUUCAGCAACUCGAGGAGAAGAUGCUACUGGAAGCAGAAGAGAAGCAGCGUGUCGAGGAUGAGAAAAGACGUGCCGAAAUGGAUAUCCAGCGCAUCCAAAAGACGCUCGAAAGCGAACGUGCUUUGGCUCUUGACAAGGAGGAGAUAUUCAAACGCCUUCAACUGCGUGAAGCUGAGCUAUCCGAAAAGCUUGCAGGCGCUAUCGAGGACCAAGAUCAGCUCGAAGAUCAGCUGGAUGCUCUAGUAGAGGCAAAGAGGAAGACUGAAGAGCAGGUCGAAUUUCUGCGCAGAGAGCUCGAGCAGGCUGGCCAAAUCAUCGGCAGGCUAGAAAGCGAAAACCAGGACCUGGAAGAGCAGAGUGCUCGCCUGAGUCGUCAGAUCGAAGAGCUUGAGAAGGCCAAGGCGCAACGUACUCAGGCUGAGGAGUCCUUGUCUCAGGAAGUGAAGAUGCUCAGCAGCCAUCUCAGUCUGAAAGAGCGCAAGUUGCAGGACCUCGAAGCAAAACUACUCAAGAACGACCAGGAUCUCGAUAUCAAACUUGCUGCCUCCGCAAAAGAAGUACAAGCGGGCAAGAAGCACAUCAAGGAGCUCCUGGACGAAAAUCGACAGAUUCGGCAACAGAUUUCUGACCUCUCUUCAACAUCAACAAGCUAUGAAGAUCUCAUUCGGCGGAAAGAGAGUGAGCUGGCCAUCCUGAAGACUGACUUGAAGAGAUACGUGGAAGAUCGCCGCAUUUUCGACGAUGAGAAACGUACCUUGGCAUCGAAGCAUGACGAUCUUCAGAGCCGUCUCCGUGAUGCAAGGGCAGAGCUAGAUGCUGUCCGUUCGCAGAAGCAGCAGCUGGAGCGCGAGGCUGCUGAUGCCAAGCGUCUGCUAGAAGAGAAGAUAUCAGAGGAUGCACAAGAUACCGAAGGCCGAAAGCUGCUUGAAGAACAAACCGAGGCGCUCAAGGCAGAGCUCUUCGAAGUACGGAAGGAGCUCAGCCGAGAGAGACAGUCCCGUGAUGACGUUGAAAUGCUUGGAGAGCACAAGUACGAUACCCUCAAGCGCGAUUUUGAUGCACUGAACGAGUCGAAGAUCACCAUCGAGAAAGAGAUGUAUGCUCAACAAGAUGUGUUGCGCCGGGCUACAGAGACUCGCGCUGCCCACGAAAAGGAGCGUAAAGAAUACCAGACUGAACUUCGCAGCCUCCGCGAGAAGUAUCUGAAGCUGGAAGAAGAGAAGCUGGACGCAGAUGCGGCAGCAGAACGCGCGCAGACAAGACUUGCGACAGAGCGACAAGCCAUUCAGGAACGCGAGCUUGAAGCCAAGGACCAGCAACUCGACCAGCUUGAGGCUGAGCGAAACGACCUCGCUGAGCAAGUCCAUAACCUGACACAAAUGCUUGCCGACUCCGAUUCAUUCAAAGAGCGCAAUGAUCAGCAGAAAGAACGUCUUGAGCGCGAGCUGGUCACCAUCAAGGGGCGACUGGCUGCCUCAGAAAAUGACAACCGAGCUCUACUCAACAAGGUCCAGCAAAAGAAUCUAGACAUUGCACGAUCUAACUCUCGAGCGGGCGACACUCAGCGCUCAAAGAUCGCUCAGCUGACGCACGAAAAGUCCAAGGCCGAGGAGGAAAACAAGCGUCUAUUCCGUCAACUCGAAGAUGCGCAGCUCACCAUUGCCUCUUUGGAGAAGCAGAAGGAGAAGCUGUCGUUGAGCCUCGAGGAUCUGAAUCAUGAAGUUGCAAGAGAACACAAGUCCAGCCGCAAUGCAGAGAAAGCCUCAUCGACAAUCAACCUUCAACUCGCGGAUGUCAAUCGCAAACUUGAGACUGAACGACAGCUGCGUACUCAAGCACAAGCCAACACUCGCGCUGUCCAAACGUCGCUUGAUAACACUAAUCGCGAACUUGAAGAGUGCCACCAGCAACUUGUACUACUUCGCAAGGUCUUUGAUCCUCACUCUGCUGAAUUCCCUCAGACCUAUGAAGCCGCAAAGCCAGAUAUUGCAAAGACCGUGGACCUUGCAGAACGUUUGGAAGCUGCCAACCAAGCUUUGCGCGUAGCAAGUGAACGUUACUCCAGGGCCGAAGCUCAGCUUGAUGAAUUGCGACAGAGGCAUGAAGGUGAACUCAACGACAUGGAUGCACGCCAUGCUAAUUCGAAGCGAGCGCUGCUUGAAGAGAUGAACAGCUCACAAGUGAAUCAAGCCAAUGCCAGGCGAUCGCCAACACACAACCGCAAGGAAAGCGAGAAUCGAAGGCCGUUCUCGGUCACGAACACUCCGACAAACCAGCGACACAUCAGCAACGCCACAAAUGACUCUGCCCGCUCUGAUCGAACAGUCGACACCGUGGCAUUCAACAACCGUAUGGAUAUGGCUGCUGAGCUGGAGCUGCUACAAAAUCAAUUGCAAAUGUCAGAGAUGCAGAACAAGCACUUGCGAGGCCAACUGGAACGUUCACCAACCCGCAACGGCUGGCAGGACGACAGUCCAUCAGUGCGACGGGUCCAGAAGCUGGAGCGCGAAAACUAUCGCUUGCAUGAUAUGCUCGAUGAUUCUGCAAAGAAGGUCUCCGCUCUCGAACAUAGCUUGCAGUCGGGUCAGCUGUCAUACCAGGAAGUCCAGACCAAGUCUCAUGAGGAACUGUUUGAACUGUUGACCUCGCAGGAACAGUCGCGCAAGUCGAUUGUGCAGGCCCAUAACAAUGCCAUCAACGAGCUUGCCGAUGCCAAGACGGCCUUUGACGAGAUCAAGCAAGCCAAGAUUUCCAUGGAAAUGGAGAUUCGCGAGAUACAGGCCGAGUAUGACGAGAUGGUGUCCGAGCGGGAACAGGAGCAGGCCAACCACAAUCAGCUAUUACAAGAGUUUGCGGACCUUCAAAUCCGUCUUGAUAACGAGACGUCUACUCUGGUUGACGUUCAAUCCAGCUUGAACCUCUACAAGAGCCGGGCAGACGAGUACUUCAGCAAGCUCGAACAGGCCGAAAUCGCGGUGCUGAGGGCUUCACGUGCUGAGCAAUUCGCGAAGCAACAAGCAAAGGAGACGGAAGAGACAUGCGCCACCAUCAUGGCGCAACGCAAAGAGAUGGACGGUAUGGUUGAAGACCUCCAACGCCAGGUUCAGCGAUAUGACGAGCGUGUUGAAGACCUUCAGGCAGAUCUUCAGACAGCUCUACAGGCCAAGAAGCGUCUUCAGAACGAGCUUGAGGACUAUAGAAGCCAACAUGCUCACGAUAUUGAGGACAGCGAGACAUCGCUUGAGCAAACACGCAAGAAGUACCAGGCCGAGCUGUCCACACUCACGACUGAGCUCGACCAAGAGCGUGAGAAUAUCAUCUUCGUUCGCGAAGAAAACGGCCGGUUGCGCGAGGAGAUUGAGGAGCUCCGAAACAAGUGGGACGACGAGUUGCUCAACUCAUCGACUUGGGCAAAGGAAAAGAGUCGUCUGGAGAUGACUCUACAAACCAUUUCCAACUCCCGCGACGAGGCGGCCAACGCACAUAACGAAGCACAGUCGAAGAUUGUCAGCCUGUUGUCGCAAGUCCGCACCCUCCGUACCAACGUUGAUGAUCUUGCAGCUGAACGCGACUCUGCAAUCGAAGAGAAGAAGCGCCUCGAAGCCCGUCUUCAAGAAGCUGCAGACACACUUGACGAGCUUUCUCGCUCAGAAUCACCGGCCAUGCGUAAUGCUGCAGCCUAUGAUCGCGACUUGCUGGAGCUAAAGUCCGGUCUCGCACAGCAAGAAGACAUUACGGCGGCCGCCGUCGGCAAGAUGCGUCGCGCUGAAGCCCUUGCGCAAGAGCUCCAAAAGGAUAUCGUCGCCGAACGCGAAGCCAACGUCAAACUCCACAAAGACAAGGCGGCUGUCGAGAAGGCUUUGAAGGACCUCCAGCUCCGUCUUGUAGAUCUAGAGACAAAGGGCUACAGUGGUUCCGCUGGCAAGGACGUGCGUUUCUUGCACGGCCGGAUUCAAGAGCUUGAACAAGCCCUUGAUAAUUCGGAAUCAACCCGCCUCUCCGAAUCCCGAAGCGUCCGCAAUGUGGACCGCACAGUUCGUGAUCUGCAAACGCAAAUCGAACGUCGUGAUAAGCAAAACGCUGCUGUGGUUGAGGACCUCAACAAAUCCCGAGACAAGAUUUCAAGCUUGUUGGCGACUAUUGACGACCUGCAGUCCUCAGAAUCAGCCAACCAACUUGCCGCUAAGCGCGCUGAGCGUGAGCUUCGCGAAGAGAGGGAGAAGACUCUUCGUCUCGAACGAGAACUCGAAGGGUGGAAAAACUUGAGGGUGGAGAGGAGGAGCGCGUUGGGUGUCCCAGGCCAGGGAGGGCCGGCAAGUGAGGCUGGCGACCAACGUUCACGUCGCGGAUCCUCUAUUGGAUUACUGAUGGGCGAAAUGGGCGAGGCUAGUGCAAAUGAAAAGGGAAAGAGGUUGGACCCGUUGUAUGAAGAUGAAGAGGGUUCAGCUGCUGUAGAUGUUUAUUCGAGGAAUCCUUUGAAACAGGUCAUGUCGAAUGGGUCGGUAAUUUCUGGGGCGGAUUCUGCGAUUGGGGGAGUUGGCUUUGGCACUGGUAGCCGUCUUGGUGGUGGUCCUGGAGUUGGGACUGACGCUGGUUUUUCCGUUGGACACGAUACUGGCACCGGCAUGGAAAUGGACAUGGAAAUGGCAAUGCAGGAGGGCGAGGACGAGCUCGAGCACAUCUACCUGGACCUCGACGACGAUCAUGAAGGCUCCACCCUCAUCGCCUCUUCAGACCAAGGCGUCAUGCAAGGCAUCAAGCAAAUGGACCUCGAAAUCACUGACAAUGAGGUCUCGGACUCGGACGCUGACGCCGACGUCGACGCUUCGCCUCCACCCCACGACCAUCUCGCACACUCUGCCGGCCGGGGCCUCAAGAGGAAGAGAACAAUUCGGUUGAUCAUUCGCUCCAGGGCGUUUCUUUGA